AUGCUAGCCGUUUUUGAGAAAUCCAUCGGUAAACCUCCGCAAGAACUGUCUCUUCCGCUUGCGGGGAGCUCUGGCUUAAAAAAUACACGCCAAGAAAUUGCAGAAAUAUUCCGUUUAUGGAGGUCAGAUUCAACAUUUUACAACUUUCGAAACGGGAACUUCUUGGCUUUGUCUCAUGAAGAUCAAAAUCCAGUGCAUCCAAGGUCCAUUGUGGUUAUGGAUGAUAUUUUCUGCAUUUUCUCGGGGGCUUUGGAUAAUACUUGUGAUCUCCGACGAUAUUACGGCCUUUCGAGACAGGCAACGGAAGCCAUGAUAAUCAUAACGGUUUAUAAAGUGUUAAGAGACCGCGCACCCUAUCCUCCUGAUCAAGUUAUCAAAGAACUUGAAGGGAAAUUUGCUUUUAUUUUGUUUGAUUCAAAAGCUUCAGUCCUGCUCCUAGCCAGGGACCGUGAUGGUAGUGUGCAAUUCCACUGGGGAACUGCUGCAGAUGGGUCUUUAGUUUGCUCUGAUGAUCCCAACCUCAUCUCAGCUGCUUGUGGAAAAUGCUAUACGCCUUUCCCUCCAGGCUGUAUCUUUAUAAGUGGUACUGGCUUGAUUUGUUUUGAUCAUCCACUUCAUAAGGUAAGAGCAAUUGCACGAGAGGACGAUGAAGGAAAUAUUGGGGCUGUCAUUUUUCAAGUGGACCUGUUUACAAGACUUCCCAGCAUUCCCCGGACAGGUAGUGCAGCAAAUUGGGCAGGCGCCACUGCUGUGGAAGGAGAAUAA